CGGACGCGCAACUAACAUUUCUAUGAGUUAUAUUUCUAAAGGAAAAUUGGCGUUGUAGGAGAGGAGAAAAGCACUUUGAUAUUAUCUGUGCAAAUCCGAUAUAGAAAAAUAUACCUAGUACAGCGAGUAGCUAUAAAAAGACUGGGGAUAAACAAGUAUCGCUGGGAGAGCUUGAUCCUUGAUGAGCAGCAAAAUCGCCUUCUCAGCAUCCUCUGGGUGAGCAGCAGAAACCAAAAAGCCAUCACCGCUGCCACAACCCGGCGACGGUUUCGCCGCCGCGUUUGCCGCCUUGCCGCGCCACCGCCGGUGUCGUAAAAAUCCCGCUCCAACUCCAGCUCCGGCGGCAGCCACACCUCCGUUGGGCUCCAACCCACCGAAAGUGUGAAAAGGGGUGGGGGGAAUGCCGCCCGCCCAUUGGCCGCCGGCCGCUGCGCGACACCCGUCCGCCAAUCGCCAAGCGUCCUCGUCAUUAGCGCUACGCCGACACACCGGCCCUGCUCUCGGCGCUAUAGUCGCCAGCUGUCUAGCGUAACGAGUGGAGGUGUCGAUUUUCACGCCCGUUCUCCGCGAUACACUAUACCCUCCUACCUGCUGCAGACCUCAACCGCUGAGCUGGACCGGUAGUACCUCAACAGCACUGCACAACACGAUCUAACCUCAGCAUCAGAAGUGGGAUAUACUCCUCCAAGUGGUGUCGAAGCUCGUCCUCCUCAUCGCGCGCGUUAGGGUGGAUGCUCUAUAUACGUGAUACUUUUCGACGAUAGUGACUAGUGUGAUUGGUAGUGUCGUGAAACAGAAGAACUAUGAUGACAGUGAUUGAGAGUGUAUUGGUGGUUUUGUGCCGUCGCUGACAUUUGGAACAUCGCACUUCAGUUAUUGUGCAGCAACAUCAGCGGCAGCUGGCUAUCAGCAGAGAGACGGAGCGAGUGGGCGGAGCUAAGGGGAGGGAUCACAUUGAGUGGCACUAACCCAGCUAGAAGACUAAGUUAAAUCGGGGCGGCGGCGUUCGUUCGCGGCCCGCCCUUCACGCUGUCCAAAUGCGUUUCGAAACGGCGUUAGACUCCUCAAGCAGCAGCCACUCAGCAGCCGCCAUCGAGAGCCAAGCCAAGCAGCAGGCCAAGCAACACCAUAACAACACCAUGGCUUACCAUCCAUUCCUUCAGCUGCCCAGGCAGACAGACUUUAGCGUCAGCUCGUUGCUGACCGCUGCCACGAACAGCGCGGCAGCUGCGGCGGCAGCAGCGGCUAGAGAUCCAGAUGGAAGGGGCGGCGCUGCGGCCACAGCGUCUCCUACAAACUUCUUCCCGGCUGCUGCUUUGGCGGCGUUCGGUGCGAGUGGAGGUGCUGCAGGCGGACAUCCAGGUUACCCGCUGCUGCCCAAACUGGGACAUCCGCCUCACCAUCCAGCGGCGGCGGCAGCUGCAGCCGCCGCGGCUGCUCAUCAUCCCGCACUUGCAGAUUCAUCUAUGGCUCACCUGUGGCUGAGACUAACAAGUGAUGUUCCAGGUCCCCACCAUCCGUACACUACAGCUGAAGACGUAGUUUUAGCUGCCGCCGUGGCGGCUCAUCAACACCAUCCGGCGAUGGUGAGGCCCUUAAGGGCCAUUCAGCCUGAGGAAGACGGUGUCGUGGACGACCCUAAGGUCACGCUCGAAGGGAAGGACCUGUGGGAGAAAUUCCACAAACUGGGCACGGAGAUGGUCAUCACAAAAAGUGGAAGG